AUUUAUUUAUCAUUUACACAUAGUUACACACAAAACAUAAUUUUCUGAAAACCGCAUCAAAGUCGAUUCAAUCAAUCGCGAGACAAACAUACAUAGAUAUUAUCUAUGUAUACAAUAAGUAGAUUGUACCUAUUACAUACCUACCUUCAUAGUUACACAUAGGUACCAGGUCACACUGAGAACCUCCUUUUUUGAGUGGGUUCCAAAUAAUUGAAUCUAGUGAUCACACAUUCAUGGCUCACUAGAUGUAGACUGGUCAGGGUAUGUAUGGUAGGGCCAUUUAGAUUUUACUUCAAAUCUGUAAGUACAUAACUUGAGUUCAUUAUAAUUACGUCAAAAUCUAUGUUAUUUAUCUAAAGCAUUCUAGCUUUCUAUUUGUUUAUAUCUCUAUUUUUCGUACAAUUGCUUGUAAGGAAAUAUAGUAAAUAAAUAAAUAACUUUUUAUCCCCAAACGGGUGACCGGUGAAGUAUUGUAAACGUAAAUCUUUAAUAAAUAAAUGAAUACUGUGUAAUAAAUUGUGUAACUAAUUGUAGUUUUCAAAAGGCUCAAAAUUAAUUAAAAGUAAUAUUAUUUAAACGCAGAUGUUAACGAUUUUAAUAAUUUAAUGGGGUCUUUGGUAAGCAAAGAAUAUAAUAAGUCUAAGGGAAGUGGUAAGAGUAAACCAAAAAAAUAACUCUGUAAAAGUACGGUAUGGUCGUCGUUUCAACGUCCAUAAUUUGUAAGGUCAGUUCCUACUUUAUUUAAUGAAUGAAUGAAAUCACUUCUGUAUACCUUUAUAAUCUACGUUCUCACCGUUUACAUUUACUCGGUCAGGUCUAUAUCUGUCACAAGUAGUCUUUGAUCUGUCAUUUAGUGUCAUGAAAUACGUUAAUGUCACAUUGUUGUUUGAUUUUGAAAGUUGAGAUAAACUUUGUAUAAUUACUAUUUCUAUUUUGGUAAUGGUUUUGGUUAUACAAACUGUUUAAUUAGGAUUUCGUAAGUGUAAAUAAAAACUUAUUACCGAAAUGUCAAAAUGACUUCUGAAAUUGAGGCUAUAAAAACAAAUGAAUUUCUACGACGACGAAAGCUGAGACUUCAACAGGUCCGAGAGCAGUCGAAAGACAUUGCUAAGAAAAUAAGACAGCGCGCCAAGGUUGAAAAGAACCGGCAAGUUAGUGAUCUAGACGCGAAGAAACAGAAGGAGUAUUUUGAAUGUCAAGACAAACUUGUGAAGCAAUUGCAGGUGUUGUAUACUAGAGGGAUAGAAAAUGUAGGUGUGGGCCAUCAAAGUGCAUCUGAACUGACCGAAUUAACAAAGCAAGAUGAAGUAAAUAAGACUGAUGUGUCCAAGUUGCGUGGUAAGGAAGCUGCAGCAAUAUUAAGACGGAAUAAACAAGAAAAACUAGAUCAACAGAAGAAACUACUUGAUAGAAAAUUACAAGCAAGGGAGAUUGCUAAUGAAAUAAGCCGCGAUAAGUCAUCUUUGGUAGCUAAUAAGCUGCUGUCAAAAUUUUCAAAAGUUAAGGAUUGUAAUGACUUGGCUUCGAAGGCUGGAGAUUCCUCAGAGCUUGUAAGCUCUAAGCAGGACAAUAAAGUUGCAGGAAAGAUCGAAAAUGAGACUGAACCUGUGAAAACAAGUGACAUGGCCACACAGUGGGACAUGGAAAACAUACCGCACGAAUGGGAGCCUACUGUGCCAGAGCUAUCAAUCCCCAUAGACAAAGAUUCUCCCAAUGAUUUCGACGACAAUGGGAACAAAACUGAGAAAAACAAAAGAAUAGAUUUGUUUGCCGUAAGUGAAGAGAUGCCAUCAAGUUUACGAGGCAGUAAUUUACUUGAUACAAGAGAAAGGGAGCCCGGUAGACCUUCGUUGACAAUUGUUUCGGAAUACUUGCAGAACAGGAAAAUGCGCUUGCGUGAAACAGAACCAAGUAACAUUAACAAGAAGUCUUCGGAUGAUAUGCAAAGCUUGAGGCAGACAAUCCUACGCACCAGAACUACUAAACCCGAAGGUUCCAACAAAGGGGCCUGUCCUAGCGACAAAGUGAAGACAUCGCAAGAAGCUAGUGGUCUGCAGAGGAAGAACUCUGUCAUGAUGUAUAAUCACUCCACCAGAGACACGCGGGACUUGCCUUAUUGUGACGAUAAAUUUGUGGUGAGAGACUUGCAGGCCGCGGAAGAUGCAUACUCACAAGCUAUGAAGGAGGUCUCAGCCAGCGGUUCUAAAAGUAAAGAGCAAAAUAAAAAGCAACAAGAUAUCAGGAAUAAGGUUGCAGUAACUAAACAAAAUGUUGAAAAGGAAUAUAAAGACACUAUGAAUUUUUUAAACUCCUUACCAAAAGAUAAGCAGAGUAAACCUAUUAAAAAUGCAUACAUGGAUGAACAUAGGCAACAAAUUCAGUAUGAAAAUCGCCAGCAAAAGAUGCAACAGGAAUACAAAAAAAUACAGAAAGAAUGUAAGAAACAUCAUUGUCAGAAAAACAGAAAUUUAUCAAAAUCUCCUAUGGGAAGGGACUUGGACGUAAAUUAUGUUAAUAGAGACUUUCAAUACUCUUGGAUGCCUGUCCCCGAGAGUGAUGGCAACCUCGCCAUCCAUGCAAUACCUAACACAGUGAAACCGCUCAAACACGGAAACAGUGUGAAGUUCAGCACAAUGGACAGCUACCACGAGUAUAGAUCUAGACACAAGCAUACACCCCCAACUAAAGACACCAACCAGAACAACGCACCGAAGACAUCUGUAAUAAUAGAUAGGGAUGAUUCAGAAUACUCCGACAGCUCGUCCUUAACCUCAGACACAAGUUCUGUAGAAAAUUUGAGAAUUGGUCCCAAAAAGAAACGUAAAAACGCGAAAGAGAUUAACAAGAACUUAUCGGAUGCUGAGAGAAUUAUUGUAUACAAAGUACUCGAUUCAAAAUCUGAAAGGAAGACAAAAAGGCAGACAAAGCUCUUAAAUGAAAUUGCUAAAUCACUGUCGUGUAUUGGGAAGACGCAGAAGACUGUUUGUGAGGAUGAGAGUCAGCAAUAUAAGAAGCUGGUUGCUGAGGGAUCAAGCAAGAGUAUUGAAAGUGGCAUUUCAUUUGAGCAACUUAAUGAAGGUGUCUACAAAAUGGUAGAGGAGAAAGGGGCGUCCUACAACAUGAUGAGUUGUUUCACUACUAACGUAGAAAUGUGGCACACGAACACGCCACAAAAACCUUGGUGGGAUAAUGUAGCCGCAAUGUACUUCCACGAUCGACAAGAAUGCGACAAGGCUCCUGAAACCCAAUCAAACACGGAGAACGUAAAUAUUGAACCAUGCGGCUGUCGGAGCACUAAUAACAUACCACAAACUGAUAAAGACACCGGACUGCCUGGUGAGAGCGGCGAUUCUCAGCAACCGAAACCGACGAGUAACGAGAAUCAAGAUCCAUCUCCUAGUCCUUCAAAGAAACAGCCGCACAAGCCUUCCACAAUAUCAACAUGUUCGUACAAUACUGCCAUGAACGACAAAACCGGUACAUCUGAAGGUGGGUACAUUAAACUAAUAGACGAAGCUGGACAGGACGCCGGCAAGUUCUUUAUAGGACCUUCAGGGUUUCUUAAUAACAAUGCUUACGAAGUAGUCAUACAACUACGAAAGAAAGAUGGAACCAUUGAAGAGAAGAAAUUAGAUAAAGACAAUUUUUUUGUAAACAAACAGCCUGCAAGCGAAACUAUUAGUAGAACUGAAGUAAAGAAUAUUUCUACUACAUCAAACAUGACCGCAAAAGAUCCGCAGCCGGCUUCUAGUGAAGUCAUGCACGAUGACUUGGAUUCUAGAAGUGUAACUGAUCAACAUUCCACCACAGUACUCCUUCAACCGUCUGUUUCAAGCAAAACUGCCUCAUCUGAAAAGUCUCAUGAGCCAAAUGAUAAGAUUGAAUCACUCCACCAUGAAACAAAUACCGAGGCAGAUGAAGAAAUAUUUCUUAUACAUUCUGGUACAAACAAAAACAUGUGUGACAAAGGUGUUCAUACACAACACACAACAACUGAUGACACAAAACAAGAUGGAAUGUCCAGGCCGGCGACAAGCACAUACACUCAAACAAGCUUAAGUUCGCCCCUAUAUAGACCUGUGUUCUAUCACAUGAGCUCCUCGACAUCCACUGCCUAUAUGAGUCCCCCAGAAUUUAUCCUACCGAAGUUUCUUAAACCAGACUGCAUAAUGACAGACGAUGAACCACUACAUACCAUUGAACUGACUGCGAAAGAAUACUGCGAAGAAUAUACUGACUGUUCAUGCAAGAAAUGCAUGCAAGCCAGAAACGUAAUACUACGCAAAAUUCCUGGCCAGCCCACCCAUAAUAUUAAGACGAAAUAUGUGAACAAAAAUAUGACCACACCCCCUAAUUCAACAAUUACGGUUUCUGAAAUAAGGCGCGAAGAUGUUGAAAUUAUGAAACAGAGGAAUAUACCUUGUAAAAGUUCAACAACCGACAGGACAAAAUGUUUACAUAAAACUCGAAGACAUGUGGAACCUGUUAAGAAACACUGUAACAGAAAUAAAAGGAAAACCUCUGUUGAAAGUGUUCACUCGAUCACGACCGCACGCGCCGGCGUCAACCCGGCUUCAAAAAAUAGACAUAAACCUACAGGUGGCAGUAAGGACAAAAAAUCUGAUAAAUCGAACUUGAAUCCAAUAAUUAGAGACUACGUGAAUAAAUUACUAGCUCUCAAUAGAGAUGGAUUGAAAGCUGUUGAAGUCGCGGAUCAAGAAUGCAGCUCAGUUGGUACUCCUGGGAGUUCCAUAAUUAAUGUACCUUAUAAUAUUGAUAAAAAGAAAGCUUCAUUACUGAAAACAAUUUCAUUGGAACAAAUAAAAUCGUUACUAAAAAAGCAAAUUGAGCAGGAGGAAUUAACCAAAAAUUUGAAAUAUAUGCAAAAUUCGUUGGUGUAUUCUGUUGCCAAUAACAAAAACAAUAUGAAAAGCUUGACCCGGCCACUCCGCAAGAAGCCUGUACAUAAAGUUAAAUCUUUGAAUAUUUCAAGAAACUUGGCAAAGCGUAAAUCAAUGGAAGAAAAGUCUAGCAAACCGGUUUUGCAGUCAUCCACUGAUGGCAACUUAAAAAGCCGAGUGGGUUUUCAUUCGCCAAAAAAAGUGCGUAGUAAAAGCUCUCCAACACCUCGACAAGUGAAUAAUCCAGAGCCAAUAUCUAGAUGUAAUGAUUCUGAAUCGACCGCUAAAAAUUCAACUGGAACAGAGAAGUCAGAUGAUAAUUGUAAAAAAAAAUCCGUGAAUAGCAAAUGGGUGCGACCGCGUGGCAAAAAGUUGCCUUCUAAUAGAGCAACUUUAACUGAUUCAACUGUAGAAUCCAUUUCCGAAUCAACCGUAGACUUUCAACGUUAUCCAAACUCCACACACAUUCCUGUGAGUAUGUCUACUCAGACCACUAACAUGGAAUUAAACACUGAUAGUAACUUAAUGAAAUUGGCAGAAGACAAAUUGCACAAUAUGGAGAAAAUAGCCGACUUGACUGAGAAAUGUACAAAAAGAUUAUCGGAUCUUGCUAGAGUUCUACAGGAGGUGCGAAAGAACAAGUCUUUGGUGUACAACCAAAUCUCAUCUGCUGAAUCGACUGACUCGCAAGCUGACCAUAAAUCAGAGAAGUCGCCAGUCAGCCCCAUCCCUAUUGUUUUUGAUUCCAAUGAUAUUGCAAAAGAAAUAGACGUCCAAUUACCUGACCCUGUAGAGGGAAAAGAAAAUGUCACAGGAAACAAAGUACCACCACCAGAAUAUAUAGAAGUCUUGUCAGACAUACCUAAACCGCAAGAAUCGAAACACGUUACACAAUAUAUCGAACCAUUGGAUCCGGCGUUACAGUUGUCUACUAACACGUCAGAACUGUUGGUUAAGAACAGACCGAAGCCUCCCCCAGCUUUAUCUCGCCUCAGUUUUAAACAUGGACAUGACUACGUCAUCCCACAUGAACUUUCAACUGUUAUAGAAGUAGACUCCCCUAUGAGUGUAAAACACAAAAAUCAUUCAGCUCGAAAUAAUGAUAAAGAAGCGUCUAACAAUAAUUCAAACAGGUCAUCUGCAGGGGACAAUGUUGCUGUAGACGACCACAAGAAAAAUAGAUCUAAAAAAGGAUCCAUCAUGAAUCCUGACCUGCUUCAAACAAAUUCUCAGUUAUCUAACAAGUAUAAAAUUAAAUUAUCAUCUACAGAAUCUUCCGAUGAAUCAAAAUUUCAAAUGAUUGAUCUCAAACAAUUUAAUGAGAUAAUGUUGGAACCCUUUAUAAGUAUUCAAGAAUAUGCAAAGCAAUAUAACAUGGAACCACCAGAUGAGGGAUCUAAUUUAGAGGAAAUACAAAGAGAAGAUCCUAUUAAUGACGACAUAAGUUCGUUACAUUCCGAUGGUAGCUUACCUGAUGUAAUUGCAGAGUUACUGAAACGAAAUAUCAUUGCUGAACCAUUCAAGUUCGACACAGCUUCAAAUGUUAAUUCGACUACUAUUUCUUCAGAAUCUACUUUAUCCAUGUUAGCUUUAUCUAAAGCACGCAGAGGCAGCAAAAAGAAGCCUAGUGCUAUUUCCCAAAAUAAAGAAAAUAUCGGUGAAACAUCCGAUACACUAAGUAUUUCUUCAAAUCCUGAUCUAGAAAAUGCUUUUAAGAAACUUGGUAUGGGCUGGGCAUCAUCCACUUUGAAGAAGACAAAGGAACGAUUAGCUUUAUCGUCCUCAUCUAAUACUUCAAGCUCUAGUUUAUCUCAAUUUAAAAUGAAAAGUUUUAAUCAAGAAAUUCCAGUUCUUGUGACAGAUUCGGUUUCAUCUGUAGUAAAUAUGUCCAAGGGAGUACAGAAUAUGAGUGCAGUUGAUUACUCCAAAAAUGCAGAACAACAAACUACAUUAUCAAAUUCAAUGACUGUAAAAGAAUUUUUGAGGAACGAAUUGGCGAAGAAAAUAACAUUUACAAACAAAUCAAAUGUGAAUACUUCACAAGAAUUUGUUUCGUUGUUUGAGACUAAAAUGCCUGAAGAGAUGAAAGAAAAUUCUCAAGUAAAUCGCGACGAGCGCUCUAUGGAGAGCGCACCCAGCGGAGUGAAUAGAGCGCGGACAUCUACCCCGGUGCAGUUGUUCAAGUCAAUGACUUACCACUCGAGCUCCAGCUCUAAUGUAUCCAAUGGUUUAUUCAGUAACGUUGAUGAUUUAUCCUCAGUCAAAAUGACGUCAAAUUCCAUGAAAAACCAUUCCACAUCCGAUAAGGAUGAUUUGACCAUUCCUAACUUCAGUCUGAGAUUGAAAAAGAGUUCAGACUGUAGUAAAAGUGAUUAAAAUUUUUUAUUUGUAUUAUAUUUAUUUAUCGAAAAAUAAAAUGAAAACAUAUUUAUGUAUAAUGUAAU